AAGAGUAGUAUAAAUAGGUGGGUGGAGUGGGGUUAAUUAAAUUGUUGGCAUUAUUGUUCAAAGUAUAGUAUAAUUAAACUCCCCAUUAAUGGGCAGGCAACCUUGUUGUGACAAACUUGGUGUCAAGAAGGGUCCUUGGACAGCCGAGGAGGACAAAAAAUUGGUCACCUUCCUUCUCACCCACGGCCAUUGCUGCUGGCGUGCCGUCCCCAAGCUCGCCGGCCUCCGCCGCUGCGGCAAGAGCUGCCGCCUCCGCUGGACUAACUACCUCCGCCCUGACCUUAAACGUGGCCUCCUUAAUGAAGCCGAAGAACAACUUGUUAUUGACCUCCAUGCCCUCCUUGGCAAUAGGUGGUCAAAAAUUGCAGCCAGAUUACCAGGAAGAACUGACAAUGAGAUCAAGAAUCAUUGGAAUACCCACAUCAAGAAGAAGCUUAUUAAGAUGGGAAUUGACCCGGUCACCCAUGAGCCUCUGAAUAAACAAGAAAUAAGUAAACAAGAUAGUGAUAAUCCUGAGGCAGCUGCAAAGUUUGAUGUUAAUGGUGAUCAGCAGGAGGCGGCAGCAAUAAAAAGUCGUGAUAAUUCAAGCUCUCAGACGACUGAGAAUUAUUCAGCUGACGAAUCGAGGUCAUUGGAGCCAAACAGUGAUGAAGACCUGUUGCUGAGUUUCAUCUCGGAGACGUUUCUGGAUGAUACACCAUGGAAUUUUUCAGCAGCCAGAGAAAUAGAAUAUGGUGAAUUUGGAAGACUGUCUUCUUCAGAAGAAAAUAGUUCAUGGUUGAUGGACUAUCAACAGCUUGCAGAAGGAGAAUUUGGGCUUGGAAAUUAUUUCAAUGAAAAGGACAUUAUCAAUCAUAUAUUCAACACGUGAAAAAGUAAAACUUCAGCAUUUCACAACAUGGGCAACAAUUAUUUUCUGAAAAUUUCUGUUUGGAUCUCAUAAGCAGAAGAACCAGAAAGGAAGCAAGUGUUUAAGAAAUAAAUUUGGUUUCUUAAGCAAAUUAACCAUGUAUGUCUUUUGUUUUUGGUCUCAUAUUAUGUUAUCAUCUUGUCAAACAUGAGAAGAAACUUGUUGUUAAUGUGGGCAAGUGUUGCAAUGGAAACACUUCAGGAUUUGUGAGUACUAGAAGGAGAUAUUCUACCUAAAGGUCACCCCACUCUUUUAAGAGCUGUGAGGUUGAAGAAUGCAAAAUACCACUUUGUACAAA